CAAUGGCUCGACCAGCACAACAAACCUCUGUAUCCGACGACGAUAUAGGCCAACUUGAUCAGUCUCCUCAAGAAACUGACGACAUCACAUCUAACUCCCGUGAAGUAGAACUUACUUCUCGCAAGAACACCUUCAAAUCACGAAGGUCAGUACUCGACAACGAGAAUGACAAACAACCAACCUUCUGGAGCAUUGACUCUUUCGAUGACACUGCCACCUGGACAGGCUCCCAACAAGCAUAUGCCAUCCAACAGGCCCAACAACUUGCUACCCAUUACAUCAAAAUUCACAAUGAGCACACUACGAUUCUCACCAUGAUUCAAAGCCAACAAGCCAGAAUUGAAACUCUCGAUCAGGAUAUCCAUAACCCGCGAGGAGACAACGACGACCUCGAGCAGAGCACAACACAUAACACCAAAGGCCGUGCUAGGCUAGAGGAUCCUGAUAAGUUCUCAAGGAAGAAGGGUCACCAGCCUGAGUUCGAGACUUGGAAGUCGAACAUUGAAACCAAACUCAAAGUCGAUUCACGUCUAUUUGAUGAUAAGAAUCACAAGAUUUCAUAUGUGUACUCUCGUACCACGAACGAAGCCCAAGAUCACAUUCGUGACCGAGUCGAUAAUGAUCAUUUCGAUAUUUCGUGGGGGUCCACCUUCGGCUCCCCGAUCAUUUUUGGCGACUUUGGAGGCCGAGAGAGUCAAGUCCGGGUUCCUUGCCUAAUGUGCUAG